CCUCUGCCGCUGCUAGAAAAACAAGAACAAGAAGGGAUCUUUGCUUGCCGUGGAAUCCAUCACCCGAGAUUCUGUCCACAUUCUCUCUCGUUUCCUCCGCCUCCGCUGUCUGUCUGUCUGUCUGUCCCCGCAGCCGCGGCAGCCCCCCUGAAGAUCGCCCCUCUUCCGGCUGCGGGCGAGCUGGGAGGCUGAGCAGGAUGGGGGUGCCCAGCGACGAGGUGGUGCAAAUCCGCCACGCCGCCGCCGCCGGGGACCCCGCCGUCGUCACCGUCAGCUGCCCCGACAAGACGGGCCUCGGCUGCGACCUCUGCCGGGUCGUCCUACUCUUCGGCCUCAGCGUCGUCAAGGGGGACAUGAGCACGGACGGCCGGUGGUGCUACAUCGUGCUCUGGGUGCUGCCGCGGCGGGGGCGGCCCGGGCCCGUGCCGUGGGGCCUCCUCAAGGACAGGCUGCUCCAACUCUGCCCAGUCGCGGCGCCGUUCGGGUUCGACACCGCCGACCUCGCCGCUGCUGGCCUCCAGGACGCCCCGCCUCCCGCGCCACGGCUCUUCUUGCUCAAGCUAUACUGCUUCGACCGGAUGGGCCUCUUGCAUGAUGUAACACGAGUGUUGUGUGAGCUAGAGUUCACAAUUCGGAGGGUCAAGGUCUCUACCACGCCUGAUGGGACUGUGCUGGACCUUUUCUUCAUCACAGAUGCCAGGGAGCUUCUGCACACAAAGAGCAGAAGAGAAGAAGCAUACGACAAACUUGAGAGUGUCUUAGGCGACUCCUUGGCAAGUCGUGAAAUAGAUCCUGCCACUGAAGACAUGUUGACUUGCCUCCAAGCAUGUCCAUCAUUGACGCCUGCUGUAAUGGAACAGAUGUUUAACACAGAUCUUAUAGAGGAGCAAUCAAUCACCACAAGAGGUGACAAUGCCAUCUCCGUAACAACAGACAACUCUCUUAGCUCUGUCCACACUCUUAUUCAGAUUCAGUGUGGUGACCAUAAGGGCCUGCUAUAUGACAUCAUGAGGACAGUCAAGGACUGCAACAUUCAGAUUUCCUAUGGCCGAUUCUAUGCGACCCAAAAUGGGAGGUGUGAUGUGGAUUUGUUCGUGGUGCAAUCAGAUGGGAAGAAGAUCCUUGAUCAGCAAAGGCAGAGAUCACUGUGUUGUCGCCUAAGGAUGGAGCUCCUCCGACCAUUGCGUGUAGCAUUGGUGAACCGGGGUCCUGACACAGAACUGCUGGUAGCAAACCCUGUUGAGGUUUCUGGCAAGGGAAGGCCAUUGGUCUUCUACGACAUCACCCUCGCUCUCAAGAAUCUUCAGAAACGAAUCUUCUUGGCUGAGAUUGGGAGGCAUGUUGUGGAAGAUAGGGAGUGGGAAGUCUACAGGGUGCACUUUGGUGAGGAGCAUGAUCUCUCGGCUGCGUUGCAGAGCAAGAUCGUGGGAGGAGUCACCAGUAUGCUGAUGGGGUGGGACUGAUGACACUGCUGCUGUGACACUGAAACGUUAUCUUUAGUGAUCUGAAGAAACUAACAUAACUUGGCGUAGGUAAAAUUUGUUACAAUAUGUCUUUAUUUGAUCUCAUCAAUACAGCAGUCAUGGUUGAGGCCAUGAAGGCCAUGGUUAAGUCUUGUAACAGCCAUUGUUAAGACUAUGUAACAGCCAUGGUUAAGGGCAUGAAUGAGCCUUAUUGCUGA